CGACCGAAACGAAAACUGUGGCCGUGUUUAGUGUCAAACGGUCAGUGGUGGUGAUUUUGUUUUACUUUUUUACCCAAAAAUCUUGAUAUACGCUAUUUACUUAUAGCAUAACAGAAUUAAUGUUGUUAUAAAGAUUUAAGUGAAGUGUCGGUUCAACCCAAAAAUCACUCGUUUCGCUUAAUUCUUCCACCGACUGCUGGUACGGCGCGAUACAACGAGCUAGUGCGUGCGUGUUUGUGUGUAUGUGUGACGGAGGUGUGAGUGUGUGUAGAAGCAAAAAGUAAAAUUAUGACAGCUACUGCAGGGGGCAUCAGUACCACCGUCUUACUGCAUUCGGGUUGCUAGAUUUUUUGGCACGGAUCGGGAUUUAGAAAUGCGAAUCAUCAAGUGAAAAACGUACAACGUCGCAUUCGCUGCAUUAGCGCAGUUUGCCUAGAGUGCACAACGAACACAGUGGAAAAAAUAAACUGGUCAACGCCAAGGGGACGACGAUACAUCUGACAUUGCCGUCUGCGCCAUAUCUUGCAAACGUACAGCAGCGCGGAAGAAAGUGUCGACCUAACGAACCAGGGUGGUGACCGUUUUGAGGUGCAAAAAACAAAAAUGAGCGAUAAUACGGCAGCACGAAAUUUGAGCACCUCCAGUGGAGGUGGAACAGCAAGCGGUGGUGGUGGCGGUGGCAGCCAUUUAACACCAGGUGGAGCCGCAGGCGGUGGACUAGCGGGGGGACUACAGCACGAGGGCAGCACGGAGGACAUUGAGCGGCAGCUGGAGGCACUCGAUCAGGAAAGUGAUUCAGAUUCGGAAUCGCUAGAGGAGCUGGAAGCAUGCGAAAAUAUCGAAGUCGUCAAUCCGGACCAAACGGCACCCGCACUCGACGUUACGAUACGCUACACGAUCUGCCUGUUCUGCAAGAAACCGUUCCAGCUAAAGAAGGAACUGAAGAAGCAUCUGUUCGAGCACAUGAAAAACCUGAAGCCGAUGAAGGAGAAAAAGAUUGUGGAGAAAAAGUUCAAAUGUCACAAAUGCUUCAAAACGUACACGGAGAAGGCACGGGCUGAGAAGCACAUGACCAAGUGCAAGAAGGUGUCAAAACUGCUGCUAGACAUGAGCAAUGCCGGCGACGGUCGGAUAAUGGGUGGCAGCGAGUACGAUGCGGCAGUCGCGGAAAGGAGUAACAAGAGUAGCAUGAAGAGUGGUGGCAAGUUUCGCGAGCCUACCUCACCGCGAUCGCUCGUCUUCGAUCCGGAUGCGGCGGCGGACAGUGACGAACGCUGGUCGUCGGCAGAUGAACGAAGGGAACGCAACCAGGUGGUACACUUCGACGAGCGAACCACCAAGGGUGGCGGUGGUCCGGGAAGCUCGGACGAGUCGCCCACCUCGCCCGGUACCGGUGGACACUUUCAGAAGUGUUCGUAGAGUCCGACACGGCAGAACCCUACGGCAACGUAGUACGGCAGUGAAGAUGGUUAGAUGCGUCCUGCAACAGUCGCAACAGCACCAUCGGAGCGGAUAUCGGUGCGGCGGUGGACCUCGUGGAGGGAUUCGUUCGACCGACAAGUAACGUACAGCCUGUGUAUCAUCGUGUUCCUUAGUUAUUUUUUUUUUGUUCUCGUAUACCGAUGGCCUCCGUAGCAAAAAGGGCCUGAAUGUGAACGAAACACCGAAGGGUGCUCGGGGAUUUUCUAGCAUAUUUUAAUUUGCUCACCAUAUCGCACUGACCUUCGUGACGGGAGGAUACACUGUACGAUCGCCAGUAACAGGUGUCUAGCGAACGCGGAGCUUAUGGUUUCCCUCCCUCCCCCCAUACAUAUGCGCAUGUGUGUGUUUUCUAGUAUUGUUUACAGUGCUAAAAAUUGUACCGCAGCAUAAUGAUAACGUAGCGAAAAUUUCCCUCAACUGAUUAAUUCGAUGGUGCUGCUGUUGAGAGACAUGGGUUAGUGUUCGCUUUAUGCAAUUGCAACCGAACGAUCCGGGGUUCCAUCAUUUUAGUUUCGUAUUCUGUAUUACUUGCCCUUUUCCCCCCGUAAGCCCGGAAACAAUGCCAAACUAGCACAACGUAGUGCGCAUCGCGCGCUUACAUUUUAUGGUUAUCGGGCACGAGUGAUGGUAAACUUAUCUAUUAUUACAAACUAUAACUUAUUUCAUAUACUAAAUUACACACACAAAAAACAACUUUACACUCAUGCCCCACAAGAAUCCCCACAAUCGAGCAAAGAAAAAAAAAUCAUUACGAGCGUUAAAAAAUCAACAACAACAAACCAUACACACAUACGAAAUGUAACGUUAGUACAUAUUAAUAUAAUCAUUAUUUAAAAGUUAAGCAUUGUGAUACUUGCCACAUACAUUUAAUUAAAUUCCCUACAAUACCCUAAAUAACGUACACUAUUUCUUUGUAUAUAAUUAUAUAGUUAUAUAAAUAUGCCUGUGCUAAUGUGUAAUAUGUAUGCUUGUACCCAGUGCGAACAUUUUUAUCUUGGCUAAUGUGCAAACAAUGUAUACAAGACGUCCACAGUGGAUGAUUCAAUGUGUAUUGUUUGUGGCAGUUUGGUUUGAACUGCUCCUACCUUUGUGCAAAAUGAAGCAUAUCCCGUAUUAAGUGUGCUCAUGAUUCGUUUUGUUGCUCCAGACCUAAACUAACGUUAUUCUGCCACUGGUUGGUUAUAUUGAAUCUUUGAUUUUUUUGCCAACUUCCAAUAACUUGACAUUCUUUAAGUCAUCAGUGUAAAACAAUUACUGAUCUUAUGUGAGUACUAGGGUGAAAUAAUUAAACCAUUUUGCUAAGAUCUGGCCAGAAUAGUAAUCGUUAGGUUAUUCUCUUUUCGACACACACACACACAAAACCUCGUGUAAUACAUAGCAUUUUACCAUCCGCAGAAACCGCAGAACGUUUGUCUCCUUUCUUACACGAAUUCAUUCGGAAAAUAUCACGUAUUUAAUGUUGGACAAUUUUUAACAGUUGUCCGAAAUGUAACGAUAGCUGUACGAGACAGAUGUUAAACGAAAGUGCGAUACAAUCCACUCUCUGUGUUGCCGUAUAUUCGUCUAGAGGGAAAUGGCGAGUAAUUAGAAGCCACAGGAACCGGCACACUCUAGUGGUGGUACUAGUCGAAGAACGUGGUGUAUGGUAUUAAGAUUGAAUUGACGUUAGCUUAGAAGAUACAGGAAUGGAAUUGAAACAUUCAAUGCAGGAGAAGAAGCAGGACACAUGGUGGGUGUAUGUUUUGCCGCCGUUACGCUCUGAAAUGGAAAUGAAUCUUUAAGCUGUUGCUCCCGUAUUCCAGCGGGUUUAUGUGGAUUGUACAAAGCAAAACGGUGCUGGAAAGAUUAUGUCCCCGGGGGUUGGAAAAAAUCGCUUCAUACAAUCAUGAUCAGAGAUCAGAGAAGGGAACAGCAUAACUGGGAAGGACAAUUUAGAUCGAUCCUCUGCUGCGUCAAUCAAACAAGCGUUCGAAUAUGAUCCACGAGACACGAAUAAUGACUAAACAAUAAUAAUUAUAACAAAUAUACUGUUGAAUAUAUCCACCUUUAUACUUCCCUUACUCCCUUACUUCAGUAUAUGCAAUAUCACGCUGUGUGGAAAUAUCACCGGAGGAUAUAUCUAUAUAAGUAUACAUUGAUGUGUUGAACAUGUAACGCAAACAGAAGCGGUUACCUAUCAAAAUAACAACAAAAGACUUAUUGUUGGUAGUGAGUAAAUGAACGUAUUUAUAAAACCAGGCUACAUUUCAGUAUAAGAAUCAAAAAGAAGCGGUUUAGAAUCUACAAUAAUGAGUGCGAUGAAUGUAUUUGGAAUGUGAGCUGAGAGAUUAGGUUAUUCACAACAAAAAAAAAACAAGAUAAAGGUUAGGUAAACGAUAUUUAGAAAAAGUGGUUCAGAUCAUGAUGCAUGUUGUUCCCAAGUGUGGGAACACAUCGAAUCCCAGCUGUGUGUGUAUGUGUGUCUAUCUGCCUAUAUGUGUGCAUUAUUAAUGAAUGUCUAAAUUGUUGCAUCGCAGAUGCGAAAAUCUCAAAUUAACAUGGCCGUAUUUUCCGGCAGACGAUAAUUAGAUUAGCCACGCGCGGGAUCAAGAUUCCUCUGGCUGUAGCAAGUCUUAAAUUCGGAACAAAAUUUACCGUAAAUACACACUCUUUGUAUGAUUCAUUUUUAACAGCCUUUAUCCAGAAGCGAUUUGAAAAAAAAACCUGAAGUUUGACCGAUCGGCAGUUCCUUCGUGGUGAGCCCCAAAGGCCAAAGUAGACAGUCUCUAUUUCGUACAAGUUAUGCAAUUAUUGAAACAUCUUUAAUUUUUUUUUUGUGAAACAAAUUCCCAUUCCUAUUGCGUACAACAGGUAGAUCAGAUGCUUCUGUAACGGCUGAUCGUUAAUGUAAACGAAAAUGGCAAUAGGAAACGUGUUAGCUUUAAUAUUACACGUGCUCUAUGAAAAUGGCCAUGAAAAAUACCAAUAGUUUAUAGGUUAUCAUACGUGUGUAUGUAUGUGUGCAUGUUUGUGUAUGUGUGCGUUAGUACAUUGGUGGCGCAUGUGACUCUAUGAAUGAACGAUUUGCUUGUUAUAUUACUAUUGGUUUUCCCAUCCCUAAGCUUGAGCUAGUUUCUUUCAGUCCUUGAAACAUACUUUAUUCGUCUCAGCUUCUGAUAUUAAUCAGUUAGUGUCCGUUGUAUGUGCGUAUGCGUAAGUUUGUAUAGCUAUAUAAAUAGUGUAAGAAAUAACGGGAAAAAAAUCUUAAAACAAAACGAUUGUUAUGCUUCUGAUCAGCAGGAAGUAAGGAAAGUAAGCGACAAGCAAAAGAAAUAAGAACUAUAUCAGAAUUUGUUUGUAAAGAGACAAAACAAAAGCUGCAAUCAAAACGUAAUACUGCGGUGAAAUGGUUGAAAACAGGCAGAAGUGGCGAGAUGCAACGGAAAAGCAAAACAUACAGUGGCUUUUGAAACGUUUAUGUUCGACAUUUAUACACAGUGAAAAUGAAAAACGCAAUAUAAUGCUUAAUAAACAAUCUCGUUCAUGGAAGCAGAAAAUAUGUGCAUUUAUCGAAGCAACAAAACGCAUCAAACCAAAGUGUGUAAAGCCAGCAGCAAAAAAAGCACCCCGCCACGUUUUCAUAUCGGGGAAAGUUUUUGGGGAAUGGGGAUGAGUUCGUUGCGGUAAUUUAUGAAACAUUGUUGACAAUGAUUUUUGGAAGAAGAAAAAAACUCAAUACAGUAGUACAUUAGAGGUGGUAAGAAAUUACAUUAUUAUACAACAUGGACAUGGACAAACUAAUCAAUAAAGCGGAAAGUAACAAACGAAAGACUUGAGCAGCUAAAGGAAACGAAACUCAAGUAGAGCAUAGAGCUGUUACGCAAAAACGAAAAGAAGUCCUUUUCACACAAAAAUUAAUCACAUUUUCUAUAGGAAAGAGAAGAAAAAAAACUAUCCUAUCAAUCGACAAAACCCUGAACUUAUUGUAAAGAGUUCAAAGUAUAGAACCGUAAACAAUGGAAAAAAAACAUAAAAUAAUUUCAACUUCCCGAUGUACUCUAGCUUAAUGUACAUCAUCUACCUUUCUCGAAUGUACUUCAAACAAUAAAAUGACUCCUUACCGUGGAA